AUGGCAUGUAGCCCUCUAGAAGAGAGUAGAGAAGAAAAGCAAAGUCGAUUCAUCGAAUUGUUUAUAGAGCAAUGUGAUUGGAAUGAAGAGGAUUUAGUGGCAUUUAUUGUAGUUGAAUUUGAUGGCAAUGUCGUGGAUAUCAACUGGAUUAUAAAGACAGCUCUAGAAGCAGAAACAUAUCCUUACGAACUCCUUGAAAUACUUAUGGAAAAUGGCAUUGAGUUGCAAGUACUCAAUGACUUGGGCCAAACGGCAAUCCAUAUUGCGGCAAGAAAAGGAUAUGGCUCAAUUAUUAACACGUUUUUCGAACAUUCCGGGGGCGAAAAUGUCAGCGACAAUGAGGGACUCACGUAUUUUCACAUAGCCUGUAUGUAUGAGUGUUGUGAAUCGGUGCAGAAAUUCAUUGAUCAAGGCGUAGAUAUCAAUCUUCCGUAUUAUAAAGAUGGAUGUAAAGAAAUCCCAUUGUCAUUAUGCAUUAAAAACAGACCUUCAGAGGAUACAUUAGAAUUACUACUAAACAAUGGCGCUGAUUAUAAAUUGUUAGAUGGCUGGGACGAGGACCCUUUGAAGUAUCUCAAACUUUUAAGUCGAAGAUCUGAAACGUUGAAAUUACUCGCUGAUCCUUACUUCGAGAAACUCCUAAAAAAUGGAAAAAAUUCGGAGGUACUCGAAAAUCGCAGUGACAGUGCAGGAUUCACGUACUUACAUGCAGCUUGCAUAUGUGGCAACAUCAAGAUGGUACAGAAAUUCAUAGAUCAAAAAGAAGAUCUUGAUCUUAUUUGGCGCUCAUCAAGUGAUAUUAAUAAAACACCAUUGACUCUAGCUAUUGAAUUUAAUCAAAUAGAAGUAGUAGAAAUGCUCUUGAAAAAUGGUGCCAAUAAAAACGCGAAACUUGUGGGAAAAAAUCCGUUGCACGUUUACUUCGAGUGUCAUCAGGAUGAAUCUGAAAAAUCUCGUUUAUUGAAUUUACUCAUUAUUUACAAGUGCGACGUAAAUGAAAAAGACAGCGAAGGCUAUAGUCCGUUGUACCUUUACUUCAGUAAAUGCUGCGAAGCAAUUUGUGACACUUGUUCAUGUUGUAGGGAAGGAUUAGAAUACAAAAUAAUCGAGGAAUUGCACAGUAAUCUUAGGUGUCUGGAAAUUCUGCUUAAAAAUGAAGCCGACGUAAACGAAGUUUUUGCAGAAAAAUAUUUACAUGGGCGGUCAAUACUUCACUCGAUUAUUGGUUCUGAAAUAUGUUCAAGGAAUCAGGAAGGCCGUCACGGCUACAUCCAUAAAAACACAGUGGGUAUCAAAUUUGUCAGAACACUUUUGAAAUAUGGAGCCGAUGUUAAUGCCAAAGACGAUAACGGCAAUUCACCUCUUCACUUAGCUGUGUUGAGCAAUAAUCUGGAUGUAGUUCAGGUACUUUUAAAACGUGGAGCUUAUGUACAAAGUGUCGACCUCUCGAAGUUUCAUUGGCGCUAUCUGACAGUAUUGAAAAUUUUGGUCGAUGAAGUUAUUCUUAGUAAACCCAGCAUUGAACGGAGCGAUAGUCUACUCGUUGGUUCUUUGACACAACUUCGUUCGUUUCUGGCGUAUGUCCAAAGUAGGGAUUAUGAUGUUGAUCAGUUCGAGAGCCAUGAAAAAGAUCAUUUGGCUAAAAUAAUUCAUCGGCAUCUUCAUUUUGUUGAAAAGAGUAAUGCAUACAUGACAGUGGAGACGAAGGAUUGCCUGCAAAAAUUGCAAAAAAUGUUUACGUUGGGAAGGAAUGACGUUCUUAGAUAUAAUGCUGAAAUUUCAGUAGAAAUAGAAAAAUUAAACAAAAUGAGGAUAAAAGACGAUGUAUCUCUUCUUGAUCUCAAGGAGCGGAUGGAGCGUCUUCUCUUGAAAUCCAUGACUUUGUCCGUUGACUCGGAUACGAGAUUACGAUUCGUCGCGUUCGUAGCCGAGAUCGGCUACAAGACCGACUUGGACGCGAACCGAGUUGUUCUUCAGAAUCAACAAUCGAGACGUGCGAAAAACUAUCGAGAAAAUUCUUCCGGCAAUGGGCACUGGAAUCUCAUUUCAUACUAA